UCCUUUAAUUAAUUUAAAAGGAAAGCCAGAGAGGCGAACGAAAGCCCAACCACACCCCCCAACCCCACCCAACCCAACAAGGGAGAAGGAAUGCUUCCGUCAUUCUCUUCUUCUUCUUCUUCUUCUUCUAACCAAUUCCACCUAAAUUCCUACUACCUCCUUUUAUCAAUGCCAUUUCUCUGACCAUCCCAUAUCUCUCCAUGGCUUUUGCGAAGCGCUCCUCUCCAAGCCCGCAUCUGAACUCGUCCGCCUCGACUCGCGAGUUGAAGCAGCGAGUCAUUACAUGCCUCAACAAGCUUUCCGACCGAGACACUCAUGCAAUCGCCUCCUCCGAGCUCCAUUCCAUUGCCGACACGCUCUCUCACGAUUCCUUCUCACCUUUCCUCUCCUGCAUCUCCUCUACAGAUUCUUCCCACAAAUCCCCCGUCCGCCAGCAAUGCGUCCGUCUCCUCACCUCUCUCUCCACCGCCCAUCGCGACGCCCUCACUCCUCUCCUACCUCGAAUGAUCUCCACCGUCAUUGUCCGCCGCCUCCGUGAUCCUGAUUCCUCCGUCCGUGCUGCCUGCGUCGAUGCCGUCUCCUCCAUGGCAUCACACAUCACCAAGCCUCCCUUCUCUGUCUUCCUCAAGCCGCUCUCCGAAGCCCUCGUCCUCGAGCAGGACUACAAUUCCCAGAUCGGAUCCGCCCUCUGCCUCUCUGCUGCAAUCGAGGCCGCUCCCAGUCCCGACCCUGCGCAGCUGCAGAGGCUUCUCCCACGGCUUGUGAAGCUGCUGAAGACUGACAGCUUCAAGGCCAAGCCGGCAUUGCUGUCUCUGGUCGGGAGCAUUGUCGCCGUUGGCACUGCCUCGACUGCCCAUCUGUUGGGGCUUUUGAUUCCUUGCUUGGUGGAGUUCCUGAGCAGUGAUGACUGGGCUGCGAGGAAGGCAGCAGCUGAGGCGCUGACUCGUAUGGCCCAUGCCGAGAGGGAUCUGCUCUCGGAGUUCAAGUCAUCUUGCCUAUCCACGUUUGAAGCUCGGAGAUUCGAUAAGGUGAAAGUCGUUCGGGAUGCGAUGAAUCAGAUGUUGGAGGCUUGGAAGGACAUUCCGGACAUUUCUGAUGAUGUUUCAGCGCCAUCUCAGUCGAAAUCUUCCUCAAGAGAAAAUGUAAGCGAUGGGCGGUUCCCAGAUGGAUCAAAAGGUUCUAACAAUGUGACAACUGACUUUCCAUAUUUGGCAAAGAAGAGAGCUCCGUUAAGAAGAUCGCCUCCAACCGAUGGUGCCUCUGCUACCGCCACAAGCAAGAUUAAUCCUCUUGGUAGUGACAAGAAAUCAAGCCCACCUUUGUUCCGUAAGCUGGACCAAAAAAAACCAUCGAAUUGGAAGAUAGAGAUUGCCGUUCCUCAUGCUCCACCUUACACAGCUGUCUGUGAAGAUGGUCCUCAGAAUGGUGAGGGGAGAGAUGGGAUUGGUCUGGAAAAGGGAGAAAAUGUGAGAAGUAGGCCUACUAAGCUAGAAGUGAAACGUGUCCUCUUUGAUAAGAACUGUGAUGACAAGACUGUGAAGUUGGGUGGGCUGAGGUCGUCAUCUCGCGUGGUUCCUUUCCAAGAGAAGGAAAGCUCGGAUUCUAUUGUUGGACAUAACAAUACUGGUGAAGAAUUAUUUGGAAGCCACAAAGACAACGAUUUGUCUUUGAUCCGCGAACAGCUGGUUCAGAUAGAGAACCAGCAAUCCAGCCUGCUGGAUCUUCUCCAGAGGUUCAUUGGAAGCUCGCAGAACGGCAUUCGUUCCCUGGAAACUAGAGUUCAUGGUAUUGAGAUGGCAUUGGAUGAGAUCUCCCAUGACUUGGCUGUAUCGACAGGAAGGAUGCCGAACACUGACACUGCAGGAAAUACAUGUUGCAAACUACCUGGUGCAGAAUUCCUUAGCUCGAAAUUCUGGAGAAAAACAGAAGGUAGAACCCCGUCAUCGAGGUUUCCAACAUCUGGUGCAACACCAUUGGCUGCUAUGCGCAGCGCAGCCGACAAAGAAGGUGCUGACUCUGACAAGUUGGAGAACCGGAGGUAUGGACUCCAGGGUGGGUUCGUUGUCAAUCCAUUAGCAGAGAUUCACCCUCAUUCAAGAGGGAGUUCAGAGGUUUGCUCGAGUGGAAUGCCAAGUAAUGCCAUAGUCCAUGAGAGUGAUCGAAGGCAGGCUCUCAAUCGCAACAACCAGAGUGAGAUUUCCUCUCUCGCUGGAAAUUUGCCAGCCAAUGUGAUCAGCAGAUCUUCAGCAUGAUUGGGGUGGACCAUACAUAUUCUGGCUUGGAGCCGUGGAACACAUGGAAGCAAACGAUGAUCUUGAAUAUGAAACUAAAGAUGCCUAAUUGUCGAGAUUUACGUAAUGCAGGAUGGAUGAAUCCUUGUAGUGGAAAUUGGAUCUGAGAGGAGAGUGGAUUUGAAGUGGAAAUAGGUAGAGAAAAGCUGAGUGAUUGGUUAAAUAAUCAUUUUAUCAUAUGUAGCUGCAUUCUUUUGAUAUUCUUAAAAGAGCUUGGAGAAUGGAGAGAGCCAUGUUAUGAUGUUCCUUUCCCCAUGUACAGUGAAAAGAUUCAUUUUCUUGUCUGGAAUGGGAAAAUAAGGAUGAUCGAUGAAGAA